UACAAAAGCCGGGCGACCUCCAGGACUCGAUCAACCCUGCUCCCGAAGCUUUGCACAGCGACCAUGAGGAGCGCGGCGCGGGCAACCCUGCGGUAUCGUUUGUUUUUGAAAGCGGCACCGCCUGAUCAUCUCAUGUCAGGGCGGAAACGGCAUCUGAGCUUUCUAUAGAUAGAAAUCCUGCUUCUGUAAGUAGCCGAAGCCAUUCUCCUAUCUAUGUAUUUUGAAGCUGUGAAGACACGCCAGCGCCACAAGUGGCGUGACUAUAUGUAAUGUGGGUUUCGCAUUAUGGUGUUUCUCUUUCUCUUUCUUGCACUUCAUCGACUACAGUAUGAAUGUGUUGAUCCUGAAAGCAACGACUUCAGUUUCGCAUUUGUUGAAGUCCGUGACCGGCAGCUUUGGGGUUCAAUUCGACCAAGAGAUGCGCGCCAGUUGUUUUAGUGUCCUGCCUGUUCGGGGAGGUUGAAGAACUACAACUGCGCGCUUUCGAUUACUUGCUUCGCCUGCAACAUUCCAACUUCCUAUCAGGAGCUAAUAUCAUGACAGAGCGAGCCACAUCACAAGGACAGAGUGCCGCUCUUCAUGUUGCCUGCUGUCGUGCCCUGUGCCGUUUGUUGGCGAUAUGAUGCAACAGGAAGGGAGGGAUAGUGCUAUUGGUCGGUCAACAAUAUUUCUACAAAAACGAAUUAUCGCAGGGCCUCUUUCCGGUUGGUGGCUCUGUUCGGACAAACCAACGCAACAAGGAUUCUUCCGUCAGACCCCCAGCCAGCUCCGGCAAUGCGGAUUUACUCGGCGACCCGGGCUUGGCGAAUCAUGCGGAGCACACGGAGGGUUUGUCAGGGCCGCGCAAUGCGGCACGACACCAAAGGGGGACCGCAAAAAGGAGUAAACGGCGUCGGGGAAUAAAGCAGCGCAGCUCGUCUUCCUAUCACAUGCAAAUAUGUCUCGGCCUGGAACAACACUGCAACUUGUCAUGCUAUGAAUCGACAAACUCAACGAAUUAUUUCUGUGGUCUCAGCAAGACAAACAUUUUGCAUUUUUCACAAGUUUGGAUCUUUCAUCUAGACCCAGACAUAUUUGCAAUGCACAGUGCAGCUGCUCCUGCAUCAAGAUCAACUCCUCAGAAGGACAAAACCGAGCAGGGGCAGCCAGAGGAAACCGAACACCACGACCGCGCGGAGGCAGGAGCCAGCCCCAGCUUCCCUUCUUCACCACCCGCGCAAAAUGGCCAUGGCCUCACCAACGCUGGAACGCAAGCCGCUACGAAGGGCAAUGACAGCCAGGAAUCCACCUCCUCGACCAGCGACAGCGUUCCGUCUCCCUACGACUUCGUCGAAACUGAUCAAGAAGAAAAGACCGCGCCGUUGGCUUUGCCGCCCCCGGGAAAAAAUGCAAGAAAGGGGGUUUUGCAAAAGGCGGGCACGGCAGAUGAUGAUGAAGAGUUGCAAUCAGCUCGGGCCGGGAGUGGCACGACAGGCGCAUCUCCAAGUUCUCUCACUGAACUGGGUCCAAGGACGGAGAAUGGCAGCGGGGCAGACGGCGAGGGGCCCGGCGUCGCCACGGUGGGCCCACCAGAAGAAGCGGCGGCGGCCCCGAAGUUGAAGAAAGGCGCAGACCACGAGCUCGAGGACCCGCUGCCGACUACGGGCGAGCAAAAGACCACCGCCGACCGGGAGGGCGACGUACCAGUGGUGCUGGGGACACACACAAAUAUGGGGUUCUCAAACGUUACAUUCUCAACUUUUACGUGAUUUGUCAUGCAAAAUAAACAGCAUCAUCAUCAAAAUCCAUUCCACAAGGGGCGACUUGCCGUGGUAGCGCUCGGCUUUUGUAUGAUGAGGUCGCCGAAAGUGCUUCCUCGCCCACCCCCCGGGGAGGGGAUCCUUGACCUGUGGCGCUGGGAGCGGGUGUCCACUAUAUGAUGACGAUGACAAGGUGAGCUACUUCGCAUGACAAGAAAUUUUGGAAAGGCUAAACAGCACGUAAAUCUGUGCGCUAACAUGUAAUGCUACAGGUGCAACCUCCCUGCUUUGACUUUUCCCAUUCUUGCAUCACAAACUCGCGCAACAGUUGAGAGUGUACCAGUUGAGAACGCCAUAACAAAGUCCGGCUUUUUCGAAAAGGAAUCGCAAGGACAAGGCCACGUCGACGAAAAAAAACAAAAAGAGUCGCUGAUCGGACAUGCGGAGAACGAGGAUGGGAGUGCUGGCGCGGCCGCGGUCAGGGCUCCUAGCACUCAGCGGACGGAUGGCGGUAUGAAAUUGAGGACGGCUUGAAUUUCGUCAGGGGGGGGCCGACGAGAUUUGUGCCCUUAUGGGGCGGCCUGAUAUCAUGCGUCUGCAGUCAUGGCUUGCAACCUAAAACUUGACACAGUGUGAGUUGUAGCUAUGUUUGUACUACUACCAUAGCUAAACAUCAGGCAAUAGCAAUUAUACUAGAUAGGUUCAUGCGAAAGUAAGGACUCUGCCUCUGGGCUGAUCUUCAGAUUUAACAGUGACAGCUUGAAUAGUGUUGAGAAAGCGAGAGUUAGGACGUCGCGGCGAUAAUGAUUUUCAUAUGCGGCCGUCACUCACAUUUUGACUGGGCCUAUGUGGCUAUUUGGGUAUCGUGCCUCUAGCCCCGACGUGCGGGAUCUUUUGGUACGUGAGUGUGGCAUGUGACCUACCAAUCUCCGUAGUCGCCCUCGUUUUUCCUUGCCGGGCCUCCGCUCUUUGGCGUGAGGGAUCUGCAAAUUGCCAUCUUGGCCCCUGAAAUAGCGUUGGUUUUUGGUUUUGUAAUUUAAAUGCUCCGUCGAUAAAGGGCGACUUGGUUUCUUUUAGACAUAUACAGGCACCCGCGUGGGGCCUGUCGCAGUCUUUGUUCGCCCCCGCGCGUGCGUAUGUAAGCCCUGGCCCGGUGUGGUCGCCUUUUGGCCCAGUGCCUAAAUGCUUCCAGCGUUGCUAGGGCCAUUGGGUCUCGCGGGGGGGGGGCACGCCCCCAGGGCUAAAGAAGUAAGGCACCACGUGCUUUUUGCCUUCGCCGUGCUUGCUUUUUGCUUGUGCCCUGGGCCACUGGCAGUUUCUGUUUAUUGUGGCUGUCAUUUUUUAAAUCUUUGCGCCCUCUCUUCACUCUCUAUUCGUCGGGGUAGAAGUCUUGGUUUUGCUUUGCGCACAGAAUUCCCUGCCGGUGGGUCUCAUCUCCGUCUGACCGGAUACUUAUGGCCUCCGCCAUCUACCGGGCCCCUUGAAAACUUCUUCUCCACCGUGACCGGCCCCCAGUCUAGAGGCCGGCGCAGAGUUUUUGCAGGGCUCAGAAGGACUUGGCCUAAGGCUCUAUUAUAUAUGAUUCUGUGUUGCGCCGGGUCUUGCGUUUAGUUGGCGCCUGCGCUAUUCACUGGGGAGGGGGCUGCUCGGUACAUUAUGAAAGAGCCCACCUUCCUUGUGGUCGUGGUUACACUCACCCCUAGCCUGAGGCUCCAUUUCUAGAGCCGGCGGCGGUUCUUUAUGUUUCGGCCGUGAUCUUGUUCUCGUGGUUGAGGCACUAGGCCCCAUCUAUGUCCGCUCAGAAAUUUAGGUAGUGCAGCAAACAGCUACUCAGCCGCCCAAGAUAGAAGAUGGCAGGGAGGGGCCUGCUUUCAUUAGCACCGUCCGAUCCGCCAGCAUCUUGUUUUCGGUUUCGGUUUGGCGUCAGCAGUGCCUACUAUUUUGCGAGCCUUUCAAGAUGGCAAAUCUCUCACCUCAUCCUGCUGCGAAGGAAGCCCGGCCAUUACCUGCAUAACCGAAAAGACAGGCAUGGCGGCCACUGCACUCGUCGAGAAGACACACGAAAAAGCGGUCUUACCAGCAGCAGUAUUUGGAAUGCCAGGCGAUCCACUCCCAGCGAUGCACGCUGAGAUGGAUAAAGCCAACGGCAUGCAGCAGCUGCAGCAGCAUGUUUAUGAAAAUCAUGUUCGGCCUUUCACAAAGCGUAUCGCGCAGAAAAAAAUCAUCGCUAUCGCAAAUGUGUUGCGGUUCUUUUAUGUUGCUUGAGCGCCUCCAUUAUGAUGAAGAUAAUGGAGACCACGCUCUCCGCGCCGGCAGACAUCCAUGGCGUUUUUGAAAGCCAUAUAAUAUAAAUAUAUAGCUUUCGAAAUCGAAAGCGCCACGCCUGCCCGCGCGGGCUCCCCAAGAACGACAGACAUCCAGCGCCGCGGUGCGUUACGUGACGAUGUCCUGCUGUCAGGCAUGUCUGCCCUGGGUGGGAGGCCUUCGGCUAGCUACCAAAGCUAGGACCACAAGCGGCCACCCCUUAUCUUUUUUGAUGCUGGGCAAUGCGCGCAUUCGUCGCAGCAGCAAUAAAGCAGGGGCAUGCGCCCGGCUGGGGCGGUGCCGCGGGAAAAAAGUGAAAGGGUUUCCACCUUUGCUCUAAAGCGAGUGAAAGGGCCAUGCGUGAUAGUGGUAAUUUUUUCAGUGCGAUUAUGAAGCCGCAAGAGAAUUUCGUGCAGCAUGUUACGCAUCUGGAUGUCAUGAUGUGUUCGGGUAAGACAAAGCUUGGCGUCAACGCGGGGAGCAUCGUCGAGCAUUUGUUUAUCAGAGCGGUGUUCAGUGAGCCACAGAAAAUCUUCGUGCCCAGAAAAACCGUUUGACCGCAGAAGUGUUCUAUGAGUGGGCGGGGUCCGGGCACACGUCAUUUGCGACCGACUUGCAAUUCAAGACAUUCAUCGGUCGGCGCUGGGUGUUUCACUCACCCCCAUUUUUUACCUAUUGCCACACCACAGACGCGUUCGUGUACAACAAAUUUCCAAGAGCUCGAGUUUGUGCUGCGAACUUAUCACUAGGCCAGCUCGACGACAUUGUGUAUGGGGAUUGGGGGACCCGUUCUCAAGGGCCGGGUCCCGUCUUUUCUCUGGCGCACAAAUUUGAUGUGGGUGGCAAUGGGUACAAGUUAUCCGGCCACAACUGCCAGUCGUUUACUACUCGCUUUCUGUGGCUCUUCACGGAGCCUGGCGCAAAAAGCAUCGACGUAAACUACCUCAGCCGAGGCUGGUUCGGGCGCGGGAUGUGGGGAACAACUACAUGGCACGGACAAUUUGCGCAGCCCACCGUGGAUCGGGUCGGACGCGAGCGGGCGGCUAGGGCUGGCUCUCCUGGUCUUAUCUGCCUCCCGGGGAUGGGAGUAUAUUACAAAGGGUUCGAAGCAGGUGUUGGCUACCAUUUCCCCGGGCCUAAGCCUCUCGACGUGGUCUAGUGCGCAGGCUUGCCGGCACACAAUAGUCACAACAAGCGACGAAGCCAGCACGAUGCUCGCCCCGUAUUCGUAUUUCUCUCGGAAUUUGGAUGCGAGUAGCGGCGCCGCUCUUACAUUUGCCAAAGCUUGUUUUUGUGUUGUAUGUAAGUAAAUAGCAAUGGCUGCAAAUAAACGCCGGAGCCAGUACCGUAGCCCGUGUGGUAGCCCUUUAUUCUCCGUUUCUCGUCUUUGUGCCGCCGUCAGAAGGGUGCAACACAAGGGCGGAGACUACGGCCUAAAGCAUCAGAAAAAGAGAGCCAUUUUCUGCGGUGCCCCACCAUCAAGGGCGCGAAGUGUGAGGGAUGGGGCGCCGAACUACAUAGAGUUCGACAAACAUUUUUUUACAUUAACAUACCCGAAAACGAAGCCCACCAGCCGCGCAUGGUCAUAGUCUAAAUAUGUAUAAUCUAUAAUCUAAUAGGCUGGAUGAGGUUUCCACUUGCCACAGUGCAACUUUUAUACAGGCCGCGUUUAGACUUUCGAUAACGCUCGCAAAUUUUGCCAAGGGAAAUAUCUUUUUGCGCUCUUCCACAGCCUUUUACUCAGCGACGAUUCCCAGCAGAAUUGUACAAGCAGCUGAUUUUUUAACUUUUUGCCUUUACUCGUAAGUAUGACAGCCCGCUUCUCAGCGUUCAUUUUGCUUGCGUUUUUCUUUUUUUCAGGCCUCCGCCUCCGCCAAGUAGUCGACUCAAGAAUACAGCAACGAAUUUUUUAUUUUUCCCAAGUUCAGCAAGAUGAAGAUCAGCUUCAGCAGUUUUAAGCAGACUAGAAGUAGUUUUUCUUUUUCAGCCAAGCAACAAAUUUCAACAACAAUCUCAAAAAAAAAAGUUUUUUCAAGGUAGUAGCUCAAAGGCCGUAACAAAAACAAACCCAAACCUUUCGACAACUGCAAGAAGCUUCAAGUUUCAGAUUUUUGCAGCGACAAGAAGACUUUUAAUCAGCAGCGUCCUUUUAUUUACCGUCAGCAACAGCCUUCCUUCUACGUGCAACCUUUAAAAAUCUUAAUCUGAGUAGCAACUAUUUUAUUUUCAUCCAAUAGCAGGCUCUGUCUUCCCGUGAAUUUCUCGGCAGCGGUUCCUUCUUCUAAGGUGGGAGCCAAAGCAGCUCCACAAAGCUGUCCUUUUUUUAUCGAAGUAGCGUUAGACACAUGAGAGGAAAGAUCACCUUUCAAGCGGUUCCAUGUGGCCACCAUGAACAAACAAACAAGCAAACUCAAACAAGUUCCUCAGCCCAUAUAUUCGAAACAAAUAGAUCUACAUCUAGGAAAAGCAGUAGCAUUAACAGGCUUUCGAGUGAUAUCUGAACGAACAAGG